AUGACAGGGGGCAACGUGGGUAAAAGAGACAUGCGACACCCAGCCCUGCACCACUGCCACCUCUUCCUGGGCGGGGCCUUGCUGCUUCUCCUGGUCAGCCCGGCCCUGAGCUGCCCCGCCCGAUGUGAGUGCUCUGCCCAAAGCAAGUCGGUUAGCUGCCACCGCAAGCGCCUGCCCACCAUCCCUGAAGGCAUCCCCAUUGAGACCCGCGUCCUGGACCUCAGUAAGAACAAGCUACGCAUUAUCACGCCAGACAACUUCUCUUCAUUCCAGCAGCUGGAGGACUUGGACCUUAGCGACAACCUCAUCAGUGUGGUGGAGCCAGGCUCGUUUCGUUCUCAGCUUGCUCUGCGCUCGCUCAACUUUCGCAGCAACCUGCUUCAGCUGGUUCCUGCUGGCGUGCUGUCAGGCCUGACCAACCUCACCCGCCUUGAUCUCAGCCACAACCGACUGGUCGUUCUCCUUGAUCACGCCUUCCAGGAUCUGCGCAAGUUGACAUCCCUAGAGGUGGGUGACAACGAACUGGUUUUCAUCUCUCAGCGGGCCUUUACAGGAUUACUCGGACUCCAGAGUCUGACUCUGGAACGUUCCAAUCUGACCGUGGUACCUACUGAUGCUCUAGGACAUCUGCACAGCCUGGUCGAACUGCGCAUGCGCUACUUGAGCAUUGGUUUUCUAAAGCCGUUCUCCUUUAAGAGGUUAUUGCGACUUCGCCAACUAGACAUUGAUUACUGGCCCUGGCUGGACACACUGCCUCCCCUCUCACUGCAUGGCCUCAACCUCACAACAUUGUUCAUAACCAACACUAACCUGUCUGCCUUCCCCGGCGCAGCACUGCGCAACCUGCCCUACCUCACACAUCUCAACUUGUCCUACUGUCGCAUUCAGCACAUCCAUCAGGGAGAGCUGGGCCAGCUCCCACACCUGCUGGAGCUGCGCCUCCAAGGGGCUCAUCUGAUCUCUAUCGAGCCCUACGCAUUUGUAGGCCUCAAAUCUCUGCAACUGCUGGAUGUGUCACAGAACCGCCUGGACUCUCUGGAGAGGGGAGUGUUUGCCUCACCAGACAGCCUUCAGAGGCUCUGUCUGGGUGGGAACCCAUUAGUGUGCGACUGCAGAUUGCUUUGGCUGCUCAAUAGCCACAAGCCCCCCUCUCUGCAGGUUCUGGAUGACCAGCCUGAGUGCAGCGCACCUGAGCACCUCCUGGGGAAAACUCUCCGUGACCUCAAGGAGCCACUGGUCUCCAGGUACAUGACCUGCACCAAGCCACGGAUUGGACCCAACACGACCCAGCUGCUGAUGGCUGAUGAGGGUCAGCCGGCCCACCUGAGCUGCAUGGCAGAGGGAGCGCCUCGGCCCUCUGUGGUCUGGAUUACACCCCACAGACGCUACAUCACAGCCAAGAGCAGUGGUAGGGUGGAAGUUCAACCAGAUGGUACCCUGGAGAUCAAGACAGCGGAGCUGCACGACAGUGGGGUGUACUUGUGCAUUGCCAGUAACCCUGCUGGCAACGCUAGUCUGUCAGCCUCUUUAGCUGUGAAGAGCCUGGGCAUUGGGGACAGAUCUCACUACAUCAACAGGAGCUCAAACUAUCUGACAGACUCUAACAGCACUUGGGGGAAUGGGACAGUACUGUACAACAUGACAGUCCCUAUAGACAUUAAAACCAUCAUUAUAUCUACAGCCAUGGGCUGCCUGUCCUUCCUAGGUGUGGUCAUCUUCUGCUUCCUUCUUCUGUUCGCCUGGAGCCGAGGGAAAGGACGCCAUAAGAGCAACUUUGACAUUGAGUAUGUCCCUCGCAAAUCCAACGGAGCGGCAGCAGAGGUGUCGGAAACAAGCGGCCCACGACGGGUCAACAUGAAAAUGAUUUGA